UCUCAAUAUUUCAACCGAUUUGUGAAUUACCCAUAGAGUUGGGGUUUAGUUGUUACUGGGGCAGUUGUUAAGCUAUGGACUCUGCAAUUCAGGCUUCAUCUUCUCCGGCUUCGUCUUCAGCAUUUCGUAGUCCAUGUCUCACCUCUGCGUCUCAGAACUGCAAGUUCCCAUUGCCAACUUCCAGAGUCGUGGGCUCUAAAAGACACCGCGCCUUCAGGCUUCAUAUGGAUGCUUGUCCUACAAAAUGUCAUGUUGUUUCUAGAUACUCUUUUGAAUUGCCUGAUUCACAAUCCAUAUUCUCUAAGAAAUCAAUCAACAAAUUUUUUCCGCCUCCGAGAGCAUUGGUUGCUUCAAACACUCAAAAUACUUCGGCUGCGCCUUUAAUUGGAGAAGACAAGGUUGGAGUGUUGUUGCUGAACCUUGGAGGUCCAGAGACUCUUGAUGAUGUGCAACCUUUCUUGUUUAACCUCUUUGCUGACCCGGAUAUAAUACGGUUGCCACGAUUGUUCCGUUUCCUCCAAAGACCAUUGGCACGCUUUAUUUCUGUUCUAAGAUCACCCAAAAGUAGAGAAGGCUAUGCCUCAAUUGGCGGUGGUUCUCCUUUGCGAAAGAUAACUGAUGCACAGGCUGAAGAGUUGAAGAAGGCUUUAUGGCAAAAAGAUGUUCCAGCUGAAGUGUAUGUCGGUAUGCGUUACUGGCAUCCAUUCACUGAAGAAGCAAUUGAACAGAUAAAAAAAGACGGGAUAUCGAAGCUUGUCGUUCUCCCUCUUUAUCCCCAAUUUUCAAUAUCCACUAGUGGUUCAAGCCUACGGCUCUUGGAGGGUAUCUUCAGGGAGGAUGAAUAUCUUGUUAACAUGCAACAUACGGUAAUACCUUCCUGGUACCAGCGUGAAGGGUAUAUAAAGGCCAUGGCAGAUUUGAUUGAGAAGGAAUUAAAAACUUUUGACUUUCCUGAGCAGGUAAUGGUAUUUUUUAGUGCACAUGGAGUCCCCCUUGCAUACGUUGAAGAGGCUGGUGACCCCUACAAAGCAGAGAUGGAGGAAUGCGUGGAUUUGAUCAUGGAAGAAUUAGAAAAGAGAAGGAUAACAAAUAGCUACACCCUUGCUUAUCAGAGUAGAGUUGGGCCUGUGGAGUGGUUAAAACCCUACACAGAUGAGACAAUAAUAGAGCUUGGGCAAAAAGGAGUUAAAAGCUUGUUAGCUGUACCCAUUAGCUUUGUAAGUGAGCACAUUGAAACUUUGGAAGAAAUUGACGUGGAAUAUAAAGAACUGGCAUUAAAAUCUGGGAUAGAAAAAUGGGGACGUGUUCCUGCAUUAGGAUGUGAGCCUACUUUCAUAACAGAUUUGGCUGAUGCCGUAAUUGAAAGUCUUCCGUAUGUGGGGGCGAUGGCUGUAUCAAAUCUUGAAGCUCGGCAGCCCCUGGUUCCACUUGGUAGCGUGGAAGAGUUAUUAGCAGCAUAUGAUUCUCAACGUAGGCAGCUACCGCCACCUGUAACUGUAUGGGAAUGGGGUUGGACGAAAAGUGCCGAAACCUGGAAUGGGAGAGCAGCAAUGCUGGCUGUGCUUGUCUUACUGGUCCUAGAAGUCACAACUGGAGAGGGGUUUCUUCAUCAGUGGGGAAUUUUCCCCUUAUUUCAUCAGUGAUCUCUCUCUCUUUCUUUCUUUCUCUCACUCACUCCAUUUAAUGAUAGAAUGUGUAUAUUUAUUUCGUGAGAUAUAUGUUACGCAACUAUUGGCAUCUUCCAUCUACAGAAAGUUUUAGAUGCUAGUAUAUUCCUGCUAACAGGGACUUAAAGCUGGUUUAGUCCUUUUCUUUAUCUUGGCAUUCUCAGUUUGGACUGGAAUUUUGAUAGUUCGUAGUAUAUGGUGGUAUACUACCCUGUGAGCAAUUUAUUGAAAAGUAUAUACCCUUGAAUGUAUGUACCCAGUGAAUUUGGUUGGGGUUAGAGAUAUUUCCCUUCCCCUGUUUGUCUAUCGUAUUAAUACAGAGUAUACAAUUUCAAGUAUA